AGUGCAUUCAUUUGACCUGUGGCUUUCACCGAACACCGAACAAGGAUUACCAAUUGGAAGUAACCUGUGUUCAUCAGCUUCCUUACUCUGGCGACAAAGAAAAGACAGUUUCGUACGAAACUUCCGACAGUGACCAGUGUCGUUUUCAGGAAGUCGUCGAGUCUUUCCAAGUCUGGAUUCCAGCUAAGGGAGUCGUCGAGUCUUUCCAAGUCUGGAUUGCAGCUAAGGGAGUCGUCGAGUCUUUCCAAGUCUGGAUUCCAGCUAAGGGAGUCGUCGAGUCUUUCCAAGAAGGGCAAAAAAUAUUGCCAACAUGUUAUCCUUAGCAGGCCACAAAGGGGUCGCUCUAACAGUGAUGUUCGUCAUCACGCUGAUUACUUCAUUUUCUCCCCUUUACUUGAGAAAGAUAUUCUUGAAGCACGUACAUGGAAAGAAAGCAACGAUCAGCCUGAGUGGGUGCCUGUGUUUUGGCGCCGGCAUCCUGAUGGCUACAAUCUUCCUCCUCAUUCUACCAGAAGCUGUUGAGCAGAUUGAAGGAGCCAUGGAGGAUGGUCUCAUUCCCACCAUUUCGUACCCUAUCACCCAAAUGACGCUCUGCUUAGGGUUCUUCUUCGUGUACUUGAUCGAGGAAAUCGUGCAUUACUGCAUAGAACGCAAAAACAAAAAGGGGGAAAGGGGAGUGUCUCUCCAAAGGCCCGUCCAGAGCGUCUGCGACAACAUAGGCUUCGACCACAACGGGAACUGGAACGAUUCCAGUGUUCCACACAUGCACGACCAUAGCGUCACCCACCACUUCCUGAAGAAGGAGUCGCUGGUCGGAUCCCUGAUCGUUGUAUUGGCAUUAUCCUUCCACGGGCUUAUGGAAGGCAUGGCACUCGGGCUGAAGGGUCACCAGAGCGACGUCUGGUUGAUGUUCACCGCCGUGUGCUCACACAAGAUCUUCAUUUCUUUCAGCAUGUCGAUGGAAUUACUAGAGGUGGGCGUGCCCCUGAAGAUCCUCAUCCUGAGCAUGAUGAUAUUCGCCUUGGCUUCUCCCAUCGGCGGCCUCAUCGGGGCCAUCGUGAUCGCCAACUCCUCUGGGCCGGACACAGCAGCUAGCAUUCUGGCGCCAGCUUUCCUCCAGGCCAUAUCUGCUGGCACCAUCUUGUACGUCACGUUCUGCGAGGUUCUGGAGAGAGAACGGGCUAAAACGAGCGGUGGACUGGUCAAGUUUGGCUGUGUACUGGCUGGGUUCGCAGUCAUGGCCGCCUUGCAGACGCUGGACCAUGACGAUGACGGUGACCCAACUUCGACGACGACGCUCGUGACUCAAACCGCGACGGAAUCGGUGGCAGCUGCAGUCUUAUCGACAUGAAAGCAUUUUAACCUUUUGUAGAUUAUAUCUUCAAGUUAAGGCGCCCUCUUCAUAAAUGACUCCUCAUUAUUGUAUACAAUGUGUAUGCUUCAGUUGUUAAAUAUAUGUACCGUAAUACUUUAUCAAUAAAUUCAUUUUCAUUAUC